GCUAACUGUUAACACGUUUUGUGUCUAGGCGUUUUAAUGUUAUUUUGCUUAGUUUAUGGAUUUUGAAAUAAAAAAGCGUAAAUACUUUUUUAAUCGUUGCCUGUAACUGGCUGAUUAUGUUUGACAACUUCAAGGAGGAAUUAAAAUUAAAAUGGCGCCAAUAUUUAGUGGCAUCUUUAGCAAGUUACGGCAGCCUGUGUACGGGCAUGUCGAUGGGAUGGACGUCACCGGUGUUGCCGCAGCUACGCGGUCCGGCGUCCCCGCUGCCCGAGCCCCCAACCCUGCAGCAGGAAUCUUGGAUAGGAUCGCUGCUCGUGCUCGGCGGGCUAUUGGGUCCUCUAAUAACGGUACCUCUAUCCCGUUACGUGGGUCGUCGGUGGCUUAUCAUGGGCUCGAACGUACCGCUACUGCUGGGCUGGCUACUGGCGGGCGUGGCGCGAGACCUGCCCACGCUGUACGCGGCGAGGAUCGCCUGGGGCGCGGCCACCGGAAUGCAGUUCGCCACAGUGCCUUUAUACAUAGGAGAGAUCGCUGAAGACAAGAUCCGCGGGGCCCUGAGCGCAUUCUUCCUGCUGUUCAUCAACAUAGGCUUCUUACUAGCGUACGCGAUAGGGCCCUUCAGCUCGUACUGGGGCCUCACCGCGACAGGCGGAAUCCUAUCGCUCUUCUAUGUGCCCUUCACCUGGCUAUUACCGGAAACACCUUUCUUUUUAGUUUACAAAGGUAACAUAAAGGAAGCAUCAGAAGUGCUGCAGAAGUUGCGAGGUGUGAGCAAAGAGAAAGUUCAGCCGGAAUUAGAGGGCUUGCAGGCGAUGGUCGCGCGGGAGUUCAAGGAGGAACCCAAAAUAAGUGACCUCUGGGCGACUAGGGGACAAAUUAAAGCUUUAGGUAUCUGCGUGUUCCUGGCGAUGUUGUUGCAGCUGUCGGGCAUCGACGUGCUGCUGUUCUACAUGGAGGAGCUGCUGCAGAAGGUCGGCACCAGGAUCUCUGCAGCUGACGGCACCAUCAUCAUGGGAGUGGUGCAGGUUGUGACAAGUUGCAUCACGCCGCUUGUCGUUGACAGACUCGGCAGGAAGCUAUUGAUGUGGACCACGUCUUUGGGACUUACUAUAUUUUUGGGUAUAAUCGGUGUGUACGCACUACUAGACUCUCACUACAAGUACGAUGUAGCGCACGUCGCCUUCAUACCACUGCUCUGUCUCAUUAUAUACAUGAUUCUAUUUACAUUAGGUGUGGGUCCGGUGCCGUGGAUUUUGGUGGCAGAGAUGUUCCCCGCAAAGACCAAGUGCCUCGCCAGCGGCAUCGCCUCCUUCAUGUGCUGGCUCGCCGGCUUCGUCUGGACAAGGUUCUUCCGCGAUGUGGCUGCAGCUUACGGUAUCUACACGGCGUUCUGGGUGUUGGCGGUGUGUUGCGGCGCCGGCUUUCUCUUCUCUGUCAGUUCUCUGCUGCCAGAGACCAGAGGAAAGACAUUCGACCAGAUACAGCAAAUGCUCAACAAAAGCAAAGAAGACACUUCGCCUGUUGAUGUUUAA